GUUUACGCUGCUGCUAUAGUAACGGACAAAGCCCCGGGGUGAUUGGCUGAAAGCUUUCCGCUGCAGAUGCAAACCCCUUCCGUCUUCCUUAACCAAUCGAAUAGUAAGACCCGCCCCCUUGCACUUUAGCUGCGCUCCUAUUGGAGGGUAAACAAUAAGGAACUAUUUUCAAAAGCGUUCUGCAGCUGUGGAUAUGGGUGGAUUCUGGGGCCGCGGUUGUGCCUUUCAUCGGCGGAGAAAGAGAAAUGUCAGCAGCCGAUACUGGGCCAUGAAGAGCAAGAAGCCACUUGUGGCUUCUGCCACACCAACGGCUCCAGUUCCAGACAAUAAAACAGAGGUGGACAUUGACACUGAGAAGACAAGUGUUCAAGCCACUAAACUGUCUUCAGCACUGAGUAUUAGAGCUAUGUUUUCUGGAGUUGGAGGUCUCUUGCAAAAAUGCAGAAAGAUAAUCAAUCAAAUCUGUUGUGGAUUCCUGAAUAUCUUCCUCUUCUGGAGAGGCUAUGCAGAUAGAGUGGAAUCCCUUCACCAAAAAGUAGACGAGCUUCAAAGGCAAUUGGCACUAUUGCAUUCCACUCUGAAGCUCUCUCGAGAAGCCAAGAGUGCAGGCGGUCUGUGUGCAAUGCCUGAUUGUGUUCAGCACUUUACACCUCUGCCUCUCUCCCUUCCUCCUCCUCCUCCUCCUCCUCCACCACCACCACCUCCUCCUCCAAUGACACUUGCUGCUCCGAAAGUGUCCUUACUUCCCAAAAAAACUGCACAGACUAGCUCUCUAAAGGAGAAUCAAAGUGGCCCUGUUGCUGUGACCCUUCGAGAUCUUCAAACAGUACAAUUAAAAAAAGUGACUAGUGGCCAAAAAUCUCAGAUGCCUCCAGAGAGAAGAUCGGCACUGGUCACACUUGCAGACUUGCAGAAAGUCCGUUUACGGCGCUCUAAUUCUGACCUCCCCUUGAAGUUUAGGUCAAAUCUUGGCAGGACACCAACCAAAAAUCCCAUGAGUCUUCGGGUACCGCUUCGAAAAGUCAACUUGAACAGGAGUCCUGGUGGCACACCGCUGUGUAACAAAGAGAAUGAUGGGACGGAUUUAAGCCUGGAUCCGAAAAGGACCAAAGGGUUGGGAAACAAGCACCUGCGUGCUUUAACAAAGGGACUAUCACCAAUCAAGCCUUUCUAAAGAAAGAAAUGGACCAUUUUAGUGCGAUUUCCCAUUGUGUUUUGCAUGGCCUUUUGGUAGCUGUCUUGUGUUGUGUGUUUCUUUUACAUGUUUACUGUAAGUGUGAUAAUAGCUUCUACCGGUUCUCAUAUUGUCAUGGUACUAUAACAACUGUUGUAGUGACAGGACACUAUUUUAUGUUACUCGCUACAUGUUAUUUUAUAUACUUGUUUGUGAAAUGCUCCUUGAUCCUUUUAUAUCAGAACGCCCUUUUUAAGACACACUCGCAAGCAUAAACAGCAAAUACACACUGUAUGAGAAUUGAAUGUACAUUAAUAUGAGCACAUUUUUAGAUCUUAUUCAUUAUAUAAUUAGUAGAACUGUAAUUAAAUAUGCAUCUCAAUGUCACUGUUACUAAGUGAUUUGUGGAAUGUGUAAACUGACUCAGCUGUAAAAUAUAGUACAUACUGUGUUGAAAUUUGUACAGACGUGAGACACGUCAGUUAUUGAGCCAUAAAUUUAAUAUGCCAUUGACGUCUUAUGUGUGGUAACUUUAAGUACAGCUCUGGAUGUUUUACUGUUUGUUUACAGGUGGUCUUUGAGUGUUAUAGCAAAGUGAUGUUUCCAUGUCUUAAUGUUUUAUUUUAAGGGUCUUUUGCAAUAUUUUUCUCAAGCCACUUUUUGUAUCUAAAAAGUAUUACAAUGAAUACAAAACGUUUAAUAAAUACU